AUGUCUGUACCCCCGUCAGCUGCGACUUCUGGGUCUGAGGGUAUUUUCCUCAAGUCAUCCACGGUCACCCCUACUUUGACCCCCACCGUCACCCCGUCGGGCAUGGCCGCUGCUGCCCCCAAGACGACGAUGACUAGGGAGAACGACGUUCCUGUUAUCCUCAUCCCGCAACCAAGUGAUGAUGCCGCCGACCCAUUGAACUGGAGCAUCACCAAGAAGCUCAUCAUCUUCGCAUGCAUCUGCUUCGCCGGCUUUGCCGGCCAGAUGUCACCCAACUCUAACCAACUGACUUUCGUCCUGCAAAUCCCCAACUAUGUUGGCAGGACUCAGGCCGAUAUGCUCAACACCGUCGCAGCCGCUCUCGCUGGCUGGAUGCUGGGCCCCUUCAUCCUGGUCCCCUUGGCUGCCCUUGUCGGUCGCAGCUCUGUAAUCUUCUGGAGUUUGAUUGGGACCUUGGCUUGCCAGAUCUGGGCUGCUAAGAUGACCGGUCCCAAUGAUUUCAUCCCAUUCGCUAUCUCCCGUGCUUUCUGCGGCGUAUUUGGCGUCAUCCCCGCUAUCCUCGGCACCGGCUACAUCAUGGACAUGUUCUUCCUUCACCAGCGCGGAAAGGCUUUUGCGAUCUUUGAGGUGCUCAUCAUUUUCGCUGUCGUAGGUGGAGGUACCCUCGGUGGCUUCAUUGCUCAGUAUGGACCAUGGAGCGGCGUGUUCUGGUGGACUGUCGGACCUGUCAGUGCUGCUGCCAUCCUUGUCUUUGUCUUCGUUGAGGAUACCACUUUCACUCGUGGUCCGAAUGCCGUUCAGCGCCCUCCACUUCCAAAGGCUUGGUUCGCCAACCGCGUUGCAACCUUCUUCCCUGGUGUCAAGACUCAGGCCGGUACCCUUGAUAAGCGCGCAGCUGUCUUUCGCCGCUUCAUUGUCCCCCUCCAAAUCACAAUAACUCCAAUCACCAUCCUCAUCGGAACCUUUGUCUUCGUCGCCCUCGGCCUCCCAAUUAUGCAAGCCUCCACCCUCGCAAUAUACAUGAUGGCCCCUGUCUCUGCCGGCGGUUACGGCUUCUCAGCACUCCAACUGGCAUUCUUCACCAUGACCGCGUGGGCUGGCAUCAUCACCGCCCAGCUCUACGGUUACUUGUCCAAUGACCGCAUCCCCCUCGCCGUCGCUCGCCGCGUCGGCGGAAUCUGGCGCCCGGAAUACCGCCUAGCCAACACGAUCAUUCCCGGUUUCCUGCUCCCGAUCGGCCUUGCCAUCUAUGGCGUGGGAUUGCAGUUUCACCUCCAUUACAUGGUUUUGGCGCUCGCGAGUUUUUUGAUCUGGUUCGCGGCUCUGUUGGCGCUGCCGGUUUGCUACAAUUACAUCGUUGAGUGCUUCGUGCAGACUCCUGUCGAGGCUUCCGUGGCGCUGAACUCGUACCGUAUUGCGUUUGGGCUGAUGUCAGUGUUUAUCAUCAUGAAGUGGCAGGGCGCUGUUGGGGUGGGAUGGAUGUGGGGUAUGGGUGCUAUCUUUGUGCUGUUGGUGGAUGGACUGAUGAUGAUUGUCCUGUUCAAGGGACACGAGGUCAGGAAGUACACGAACCGUAUUAGCACCACGAUUGCUGCCACGGAGGAUGGACAGAAGAUCAUUGAGCAGCCACGUAUCAUUCGUAUGGCGGAUGUGGAGAGAGAUCUCCACGCUGUUAGGAUGCGAAGCUGCUGA